AUGAUGUACAAUUGGAUGGAGCGGCUCAGCGACGAUGCGGAGGUGCCAACACCACGCCGGAUUCCGGCGUGCUUGUCAGUGGCGUUCGAGUAUGUGGAGGCUGAACAGGAAUUCAAUUUUUAUAUUAGAAAUGUAACCAACUACCCAAUUACUCCAACCCUCCACAAAACCGAAUCCCGUGCUGUCAUGCAUCUAGUCAAGGGAAUCUCCAGGAAGACCUCCGUCAUGGGAUGGGCAAGGACUAUCACUUGGCAGGACAUCAAAGAAAAAAAUCCGUUCACAUACCGCACUUUGAACGUUGUCCGUGCCCCAACCACCAUCUACAACGAGUUCUUCACGUGUAAAGUGUCUCCCCGGGAAUUCAAAAAUACACUUCUUCGAAUUCAAAUCUGUGAUAUCGACGAGUAUGAUCAGAAUGUGGUUGUAGCGGAAAUGGAUUACUGGGUUAAUACGCAUAUCAUCUCUCAAUUCACUCAAUUCGAGCUACCCUUCCCUCCGUUUACACCGGAUAUCGGGGAGAUUGAGCUUCAUAUGACAUAUCUACCGACUUCGCAAAGGCUUAUUGUACAUUAUUCGACGGUUACUAAUUUGAAAUUGGAUGAUGCGUGUAAAGAAAUCUACAUCCACGGAGUUCUCUUCGUUGGUGGCCGCCAAUUCGAGAGACACCAAUCGGAAGUGAAAAAACGAGCCGAGAACGCUUGCACAGACGACGGGAUGCACUUCACCCACAAGCUUAUUUUCGAUUUAGAUCGAAAGUUCGUUCCAAAAGCCGAAGUUUUAAUUCACGUGAUGCAAGUGGUGGAUGACAAAAUGCUGGUUGUCGGGCAGGUGACACUUUCAAUGCUCCACUCCGAACAAUGCCAACAGAUGCUCAAAAAUUUGAGGACCACAAUAUCUCGUAUUCAUCGAUUGACUCCAAGUGCUGGUUAA